AUGAACGAACAAUUUGGACCUGCGCAACGGCCCUUGUCCCAGCGCCGCAAGCGGAUCAAUGUUGCUAUAACUGGAGCAACUGGCGCCAUCUUGGGAAUUAGAUCAUUGAUUGCCUUGCGCAAGUUGAAUGUCGAGACGCACCUGGUUAUGAGCAAAUGGGCCGAGGCGACGAUCAAGUACGAGACUGACUAUCAUCUAUCGAAUGUCAGAGCACUUGCUGACCAUGUCCACUCGAUAAACGACAUGGGAGCUCCAAUCUCAAGCGGCUCCUUCAAAGUUUAUGGAAUGAUCAUCGUUCCAUGCAGCAUGAAGACCCUCGCAGCCAUCCACAGCGGCUUCGGCGGAGAUCUGAUCGCUCGCACAGCGGAUGUUAUGCUUAAAGAGCGACGGCGCCUAGUCUUGGUUGCACGGGAAACCCAGCUGAGUGAUAUUCAUCUGCGUAACAUGUUAGAAGUGUCUCGCGCGGGCGCCAUCAUCUUCCCUCCUGUUCCGGCCUACUAUAUCCGGGCAGCGUCAGUGGAUGAACUAGUCGACCAGAGCGUAGGGCGCAUACUAGGCCUUUUCGAUUUCGACACUGGGGACUUUGCGAGGUGGGAGGGCUGGCAGCAUGCGAAGCGUUAA